UGUUGUUUGCGCUCAGUGGCUCGUGGGAAUUGUGUUUUCUGUAUGCGAGAGCGUCACGCGCUGCUCCUGGGGGCUACGGUCAUGUGAGCGCUCGGUGCUGAUGCACAGCACGUUGCCUUGGUAACCGGCCUUUCCCUGGCUCAGCCAGUGAAAAUGGCAAGUGGUGGUCGUGCAGAUUUAAAGGCCUAUUACGCAAAGGAAGCAACUGAGCGUCGUAGACUGAACGAUGUAUUAUCCGAACAGCUCAGCAGAGAUUUACUCAGACUUCUAAAUGAUGAAGCUCAUACAGACCUUGAUCUAUAUGUUGGAAAGACAAAAUUUAAAGGUCAUAAGGCAGUGCUGCUAGCCCGAGUUCCCAAGUUCUACAGAUUUAUCAGCCAAAUCUCAUCUCAAGGGACCAUUACAUUAACAAAUGUUGAACCUUCUGAAAUCCAAGCGUUUUUGAAAGUUGUGUACUCCUCACACUGGAGUGUUAAGGAAACGGAAGACCAAAUUCUUAAGAUGAUAGACCAUGAUCAUUCGGUGGAGAACCAAGGUCGCAGUGAUGCUGUUGGAGAUAGGAUACAGGAGAACACUGUGCCUGAGACAGAUAAUACUGAAGGUUUGUGUGAUCUUUAUCCAGCAUCUGAACUUGGUAAAGAUCUGUUGUCUCUUUUUCAAAGAUGUUGCUGUCCGGAUAUCACUAUUCAAACCAAAGAUAAAUCUUUUCCUGUACAUAGGGCGGUUUUAUGCGCGAGGUCUAGUUACUUUGCGGCUAUGCUGAGCGGAUGUUGGGCAGAGAGCUCCCAGGAGUUUAUUCAGAUCCAAGGAAUAAACCACACGGACAUGACUGUCAUGAUGCAGUUUGUAUAUGGGGCAAUACUAGAUCUACCUAAGCGAGCUGAUGUUGGCCACAUACUUUCUAUUGCAGAUAUGUAUGGAUUGGAGGGACUAAAGGAAGUUGCAAUUUAUACGUUAAAAAAAGAUUACUGCAAGUUCUUCCAUAAGCCAGUGGUUGGACUUCAGCAGUCGGUGUUGGAAUGCCUUUGUAUUGCUCACUCACUUGGCGAAAAGCAGCUGUACACUUCUUGUAUGAAAUGGAUUGAAAAAUAUUUUGUGAAAUGUUGGUCUGAAAGGAGCUUUGCCAGUUUACCUCCAGAUCUGCAAAGAAGUUGUUUUACUACCUUGGUCCAGUCGUUGUCUUACAGGAAUGCGGCCUUUCUAUUGAUAGAAAGUGACAGACUUGUUGGCAGUCUUCCUGCGGUGAAGUGGGCUGAAAUGGCUCGGAAUUUAGCGUUGGAACUUCAAGAAGAAUGUGUUCACUUUAUGGUGACAAACUUUUCGCAGAUAAUAAAGACAGAAAGCUUUUCUCGUUUGUUACAGGCCCAGGGGAUGAGCAGUCGGCCGUAUCUCAUAGAACAAGUUUUUAAUGAAAUUGAGAAAAGCGUUUCUUUUCAAAACUCGUGUUCUCUGUUUAUGGCUCUGGAUGAGUUAUUGGCUCUAACAUCAGAAGUUGACAGGAGCUUUACGUGCAAGAUACAAGCUCUGCGUGAUAAGCUGUGGACGUUCCUGGUUCAGUCUUUUUAUGCUGUACGGCAUACUGAUGGCUGGAAUUUGAUGAGCCCCGACCACCAAAAGAAAAUACAAGCAGCUGCCGUUGACAAAGGUGAUGAUCGAAGACUUGGAAAGAAACCCGUAUUUACCAGUUCACAGCAGAACAGAUUUAAAACAGGAGAAUUAAAGGAAACCUCUCACUCUACUGCAAAUAGGGUUGGUUCAGAGUGUGAUUUGGGUAAUCAAAAGAAGAUGAAAUCGGAUUCGUUGGGUGCUUCAGGACAUACAAGUGUAACUAGACAUUCUUCUGGAAAGGGAAAAGAAGAUGAUGUAAAAGUCAAAGAUGGUAAGAAACCAUUGACAAAACCUUCAGAGAAAAUAGUUGUCACCAAGCCAAAAACCAUUGUGAAAACAAAGCCAGAAUGUAAUGGUUCUACAAAGCUUGAAAGUUGCUCAGCCAAAGGAGAUCCGGCAAAAAAUGCCUCACCUGGACUUGGGGGAGCUAGACCCAAAGCAACCACUAACGGGACUUCUCACUCACAAACAAAGGUAAAAACAUUAAAGAAAACUACUAAAGAACCUGCUUCUACGUCAAAAAGUCCAGCACCAAGCAUGAAAUGUAACUCCCACGAGGGAACUGCAAAUUCAAAUAAAUCUUUUGAACAGAACCAUGAUGCAACUUCAGAUGAGAGGCCUAGCUCUACAAAUUGUUCUCCCCAAAAUGGUUUAACGGGAAAAAAGAGUGCGGACAGUUCUGUCGAGCAAGGGGUGGCUACGAAAAUAAAACCUACAAUAAAGUUGGCGAAUGGUGCUUCUAUCAAAAGAAAAGUUAACGAUACUGAGAGUCAUGGCGAAACAAACAGUUCAUUGUCAAAAAAAACUCCUAACGAAGCCAAUGAGAUUGCGCUUCAGAAAAAAAAGGGAAUCAAAGUUGGCAAUAGCACUGCUCAGCCAAGACCAACAAGUGCGCCAGCUGCUUUGUCAAGAAAGCAAGGAACACAAGGAAAUGGGACAAAUCAGCUGAAGCCUGUAGCUUCUGCAAAACAAACAGAAGCAAAAGCAGAUGCAAAAGUACUAAAUCAUUCUACCUCUACGGGCAAAUCUGAACCAUUGCUUAAAAAGAAUGGAAAAGCACCAUGUAGCUCAGCAAAUAAAACUAAUGCAAAACCACCAGUGCCCAGUUCUAGGCAUAAUAUAAAUGCCACAAAAGGCUCCACUGCAAACCAUAAAGAACUCAAACAGAAAGCAACAAAUGGUCCACAUUCUUCAAAAGCUUCAAACCUAAAUCAUAGACAGGAACAAAAGAGUUCACCUGCUGCACUUAAAAACAGCCAUAGCCAACUUGCAUCAGGUUCAGACCUGGAAUUCUGUGACACUAAAAAGAGCCUUGAGUCACAAAAAAAUGAAUGUAAUCAAGCACACUGUAGUCCGUUGCCAGAUCUUUCAGGAAGCCUUAAGCAUCAUGUUUCAGAGAAUGCAGAAUUGGCUGCAUAUGAAAGUGGUCAGGAAAAUGUAAUAUGUCAUGAAGAUUGUAAGCUUGAGAAGCCUAAUUCAGAGCAAAUCCCCUUUACUGCAACUGUAGAAGAUAAUCAGGAAGAAGCAACAUACCACAGUGUUACCACUGAUGAAGUACACAUUAUUUCAAGUAUAUCAGGAGAUCAAAAACCAGAAGGCAAAAAUAUUUGUGAUUCUGAGAAUUCUAAUAAGUGUGCUGAUAGUUCAAGUGAAAGUGAACUGUGUUCUAUAAAAGAAGUGAAUAGAAGUACUAAGCAAAAAGACUCACUCGAUCUAAGUGAUGUUUCAUUUAAAUGCCCUGCCUAUUCUAACAGUACUAUGCACAAUUUUGAUAAAGCUGCUGAUCAUUGCCUCCAAAGUGGCCCUACUAGCCAAUCUGCACUGAAUAGUAGUGAACAUUUUAUGAACUGUAUAUCUGAAAAUCAAGUUUCAGAACUUCCUACUGAUAGGGCCAUUACAGAGACCAUAGAAAGGCAUGAAAACUCUGAAAUGCAUUUUGUAGGUCUUUGGAAUAAAUGCUCAGGUACCUUUGAAAGAGAGAGUCCAGAAUCUGAGAGUGGAAGUGCAAGCACAUCCUCUGAUGAUAUCAAACCAAGAUCAGAAGAUUAUGAUGCUGGUGGAUCUCAGGAUGACGAUGGCUCAAAUGAAAGAGGAAUCUCUAAGUGUAGCACUAUGCGGUGCCAUGAUUUUCUUGGAAGAAGCAGUAGUGACACAAGCACCCCAGAAGAGCUUAAAGGUUAUGACGGUAAUUUAAGAAUUGAUGUAAAAAUGAAAAAAGAAAAUCACACUGACUUAUUUCGUGUCAACUCUACAAGUGAUGAUGAAGGACCAAGAAAAAGGCCAGAUAAAUGGUUCCAGAGAGAGGCGCCCAAGCAAAGCAUUAAUCAAAAACCAGUUUGUUCCAAUGUACAGUUUCCUGCAGAAACUGAACAUCUUUCUUCAUCUGCAGACGAAACGGAAGAUGAACGAUCAGAGGCGGAAAAUGCAGCAGAAAAAAGUGUAUCGGAUGUUGCAUCACAACCUUUCCAAGGAAUUGUAAAUCUCGCAUUUGAUGACACCACUGAACUUGACAAUGAAGGCCAACCAAUUUCUGGUAAUAAAAAAUAUAUGAGAUCAGUGUUGCUUUCUGUGGAUGAAUGUGAAGAACUAGGAUCUGAUGAGGGAGAACCAUACACUUCACAAGGACAUAAUGUAGAUCCUACAACACCUUCUGACGUGUUUGAAACCAUCUCUAAUAAGUCUUCCAAACAAAAGAAAUCGGGAAAAGCAAGUGGCUGUGAAGAGUUUAAAUUACAAAAUGGAAGCAACUCCUCAUUGAAAGAACAACAUGGCAUAAUUUUAGAUCAAGAUGAUUACAGCAAAGAGUUGCUGGAAAAACGAGCAACUGGAGAACCCCUCUCAUUAGAUGCUCCAAUUAAGGGUCAAGACAAUACAGAAUCUGGUAUCUGCAAGGGCUACAGCAAGCAUCCAGAAAAUGAAUUUAAAUCGCACACAAGACCGUGUCAUUUGGAACUUUACACAACAGACUCCCCUUCUGAUACACAAUUAGUCAGCAAUGCUAAAACUAUAAAGCCUUUUAUGAGUCAGGGCCAAGGCUAUCAAGUGAAAGAAACUCAUGCACCACCUACUGAAUACUCCAAUACUGCUUUACCUGCAGGACACAUAGAUGAUUUUGACUCAUUGGCAAAAACCUGCAUGUAUGACCUUCGUCCUUCAAAAUCCCUUUCUCCUAUAUAUGAGGUGGAUCCCGGAGAAGGAAUUGAGCAGAAAAGGAAGACGGAAGAUAAUAGUAUGGAUUUUGAUUUUGAAGAACAACAAUUUGUAGAAAGAGACUGGAUUCUAUUAAGACAACUCUUAGCUGAUCACAGCUCUGAUGUUGAUAUUAUAAACUCGGUCCCUGAAGACCUCAGCUUAGCACAAUAUCUAAUAAAUCAGACAUUACUUUUAGCUAGAGAAAACUCCAGAUCUCAGGAUAAAUCACAUACUGAAUUGGUGUCUCCUUUUGAUGACUCCACAAAUCUCACAAUGACCAGCUUUUCCCCUGAUGACUGUUCUUCCCCCCAUGGAGAAUGGACAAUUCUGGAACUAGAAACUCAUCAUUGAUCAAACUUGUUUGCAAUCUUUUGUUAAAUUUGUUGCAUUCACUAAUUAUUGCUAAAUUUGGCAGUGCAAUAUUUAACUUGCUUUUUUUUUUCUUCGAUGAGUUGUAAUAGUUGAACCAGAGGCUGUCAAAAUUUAUUUCAAAUGUAGAAUCCAAUAAGAAUUUUUAUUUUUACCACUAAUGUUCAGGAGCUAAAGAAUGAUAUUUAUAGAGUUUUAUAUAUGAAGGAAAGUCCUAUAAGUUAGGCAUCAAACGUUAAAUUCUAGGAACGAUUCCUAGAUUUUUGUCACACACUGUGUUAAAUGGUCCAAUAUUUUUUUCAGCUUUCUUAAAGGGACAGAACCCCCCCCACACAAUUUUAUUUCAUGAUUUAGAUAGAACAUACAUUUUUAAACAAAUUUACAAUUUACUUCUAUUAUCAAAUUUGCUUAAUUAUCUUGUUAUCCUUUGCCAAGGGAACAGCAUUGCACUACCGGCAGCUAGCUGAACACAUCUAGUUAGCCAAUCACAAGAGACAUAAGUGUGUGGGCACCAAUCAGACGCUAGCUCCCACUAGAGUAGAAUAUGUGUGUAUUCAAGGAAUUCCAAGAGAACAAAACAAAUUUGAAAAUAGAAGUGAAUUCAAAAGUGGCUUAAAAUGACAUGCUCUAUCUGACUCAUUUAAUUUUAAUUUUGACUUUCCUAUCCCUUUUAAAAGCAUAUAAUAUUUUUACAUUUCCAAUAAACAUCUUCACAUCUUACUCCACUGGUAAUUUAAUUUCUGGACAGAUUAUUUUAAAUAUGACCUAUCACCAGACUAUGAUUUGUUGUCAUUUACAUGACACAGUUGACACUUGCCAUUGGAACAAAUGUUAAUUAACCUUCCAAAUAUUUUUUUUCUUGAUUCCUAAUUACCCCAAUUAAAAGAAUGAGGCAAUUUGGCAUCUUUACUUAGAAAGACAGUUAGAUCCACUAAUUCUGUAAUAGUUUUAUUUAUAUAAUGAUCUUGAAAGUCAUAUUUAAAAUAAUCUAGUUGAACCACAGCACUUAAACUAGUCCAGGAAACAACAUGACUAUCUAUUCCACUAUACCAAUUUGUUUAAAAAUCUUAAGAUUGCAAAUAUCAGGAUAUUCUUUUUUAACUUUUUUAUUUUAACUUUGUAAUGAUUGCUUGAGCAAGAUCUGGGCAUGUGAUUUUCUUGUGGUGCUUGGUAAUAAAAUGGUUUGUCAAAAAGUAAAUCAAA